AUGAAGCCCAUCGUCGAUACUCCUGCUACUCGCGAGAGCAAUUUGGAUGCUCUGGUUGAGUUGUAUGCCACUCUUCAGGAAGACGACCUUUUCUAUGGUACCUGGCGCAGAAGAUGCCAGUUCGUCGAGACCAACGCCGCUCUCUCAUACGAGCAGAACGGCGUUUGGGACAAGGCUCAAGCAAUGUAUGAGCAGGCACAGAUUAAGGCUCGUACUGGCUCGAUUGCCUUUUCGCCUGGCGAGUACAUGCUCUGGGAAGAUCACUGGGUCUAUUGCGCAGAGAAGCUUCAACAAUGGGAAAUCCUCGGUGACUUUGCUAAGCACGAAAACCUGAAUGAUCUUUUCCUCGAGGCAACCUGGCGCAACUUCGAUGCUUGGGAGGAGCCUGACAACCGAGCUCAGCUAGACACUAUCAUCAAGGCCGUUUCUGAUGCUCCAACACCGCGCCGCAUGUUCUUCCAAGCCUUCAUGUCACUGCUGAAGCUUCACAACAAGACUGAAACUCAACAAGACUUCAACCGCAUCUGCGACGAGAACAUCCAGCUCUCAAUCAAGAACUGGCACAAGCUUCCCAAGCAAAUAACACAAGCUCAUAUUGGGUUGCUACAGAACUUCCAGAAUUUGGUGGAACUGCACGAUGCAAGUGUGAUUUGUAGCAGCCUGGCCCAGACCACAUCUGCCAACCUUGAUGUCAAGAGUCAAGAGCUCAAGCUCCUUCUCGGUACGUGGCGGGACAGACUGCCCAACUUCUGGGACGACAUCAAUUCGUGGCAGGACUUGGUCACCUGGCGUCAACAUAUCUUCCAGCUUAUCAACAGAACGUACUUGACACUGCUACCAUCGACGAACCAGGGCAACGCCACUGGUCAGUCGUAUGCUUACCGUGGCUACCAUGAGACGGCUUGGAUUAUCAAUCGCUUUGCACAUGUCGCUCGCAAGCACCAGAUGCCUGACGUCUGUAUCACCCAACUGAGUAGAAUCUACACCCUGCCCAACAUUGAGAUUCAAGAAGCCUUCCUCAAGCUGAGAGAGCAGGCCAAGUGCUGUUAUCAGAACCGCAAUGAGCUCACUAGUGGCUUGGAUGUCAUUAACAACACCAAUCUCAACUACUUUGGUGCUCAGCAGAAGGCCGAGUUCUACACACUCAAGGGUAUGUUCCUGGCCAAGCUCAACCACAAGGAAGAAGCCAACGACGCAUUCGGCACUGCUCUCUACUUCGACAUCAAGCUUCCCAAGGCGUGGAGUGAAUGGGGUAGAUACAACGAUAUGCUCUUCAAGGAAAAGCCUGACGAGAGCAUCGACAAAGCUAGUGCUGCCAUCAGUUGCUAUCUCGAAGCCGCUGGUCAAUACAAGAGUGCCAAGUCAAGGAAGCUCCUUAGCAGAAUUCUCUGGCUUCUCAGUUUGGACGAUGCAGAGAACACACUCGCAAAGGCAUUUGAAAACUUCAAGGGAGAGACUCCUGUGUGGUACUGGAUCACCUUUAUUCCUCAGCUGCUCAACAACUUGUCUCGAACCCCUAGCGAGGCCAACAUCGCUCAUGGCAUCUUGAGCAAGCUCGCAAAGACGUACCCUCAGGCACUUUACUUCCAGCUGCGCACCAGUCGUGAAGAUAUGUCGGUCAUCAAGCGAAGUCAAGAGGCAAAGGAAGCCAAAGAGAAGCAAGCACGGGCCAAGCAAUCUGGAGGUGCUACACCAGCUGAAGGUGCCAAGUCAGAGACGAAGCCUAAUGGAGAUUCUGCCAGUGCCACUCCUCAGCCAAAGGUUGAGGGUCAAGAUACAAGUCAGGUGCCGAAGCCUGAAGCUGCUGAGCCAGCGAAGCCUAAGAAGCCAUGGGAUCACACUGAAGAACUCACCCAGACGCUCAAGACGGCAUUCCCUCUAUUGGCCUUGUCGAUGGAAACUAUGGUUGAUCAGGUCCAAAAGUAUUUCAAGUGUACUCUGGACGAGGAUGCAUACCGUCUCAUCGUCGCUUUGCUGAACGAUGGCUUGGCAUAUGUCGGCAGAUACCCAACUUCUUACGCCCAAGGCGUGAACUUGCCGCCAUCGACCGAGGCCAACAUCACUAGAUUUGCUGAGUCAAUCUUGCCAGCUCAUAUCCGCAAGUCUUUCGAAGCCGACUUUGUGACCAAAAAGCCGUCGAUGUUCGAAUACAUCGCCAAGCUACGCAGGUGGAGAGACAGGUUCGAGGAAAAGCUCGAUCGCAGAACAUCUAAAUGGCAUCUCGAACAGACUACUCAUUUGGCUGAAUUCCGCUUCUUGAAGUUUGACGAAGUCGAGGUGCCUGGGCAGUAUUUGCAGCACCGUGAUAAGAACCAAGACUUUGUUAGGAUUGAGCGAUUCUUACCCGAUGUUGAGCUCGUCAGAGGCGUCACUGGCUGUCAUAGAAGACUAACCAUCCGUGGUCACGAUGGAAGUGUGCAUCCAUUUGCCGUUCAGCACCCGACCGCCAGACACAGCAGACGCGAAGAGAGAGUUACGCAGUUGUUCAGAAUCUUCAACAGUACAUUGGCGAAGAAGAAGGAGAGUAGACGCCGGAACUUGCAGUUCCAUCUACCUCUGAUGAUUCCGUUGUCUCCUAGUAUCCGCAUGGUUCAGGAUGAUGCUUCGUACAUCAGCUUGCAAGGAAUCUACGAAGACUACUGUCGCCGCAACGGCAUCAACAAGGACGACCCGGUCCUGUUCCAAAUCGACAAGCUCCGCGCCUUGACACCGGUAAGUAAUCCCAAAGGCGUAGCAAAAAAGCACGACACUGACUUAUGGUUCCAGCAAAAACCUGAGCAGGCUGCAAGUAUCCGUUUGGAGACGUUCAAUGCAAUCCAAGAAAAGUAUGUUCCAAGCGAUGUUGUUCAGGACUACUUCCAACAGACGUACCCUUCGUACGACUCGCUCUGGUUGUUCCGUCGCCAGUUCUCUGCACAGUUGGCUGCUCUGACGUUCAUCACAUUCACCAUGCACAUGACGAUGCGCUACCCUCACAAGAUGUCCAUUUCGCGUGGUACUGGUAACAUUUGGGGAUUAGAGUUGGUUCCUGCAAUGGCUGCCGCCAAGCCAUACUUCCACAAUCCUGAAGCAGUGCCUUUCCGUCUUACCCCCAACUUGCAGACUUUGAUGGGCCCGAUCCACACUGAGGGCAUCUUCGUUGCUGCUCUGAUGGCCAUCGCUCGCUGUUUGACCGACUCGUCUUCUUCGCCCACAACCUCGACACCACCCGCCGUUCCCACACCUACCAACUCAGGCAGCGGUGGUAACAAUCAAGACGAGACGGAGAGCAACACAUCAGACCUUGAAGGCCAAUUGAGCGUGUUCAUCCGCGACGAGAUGAACUUCUGGUCGUUGCAGCAGCACAAGCAAAGCAUCAAGGAUGGUGAACUGCGUGAGCACGUGUACCGCAAUGCCACGCACAUUGUCAAGAAAGCGGUCGCUAUGGCGAAGGAGCCGGAUGCAAAGAACUUGCCUGCCAGUCAGAGCGUGCUGGACCUGGUGGCCAAGGCUACUGAGCCCAAGAACCUCUGCACAACUGAUGCGCUCUGGCAGGCUUGGCUGUAG